AUGGAGAUCUACGAGGAUCUCGCCGAGCAUGCCCUGCUGCAACCAUCCACGUCGACCAACAUCGUCGACCCUUCCUCUCCUCUGAAGAAGUCCAGCAGUCCCCUCCGGCCCAUGUCGCCGUCGCGUCGUCUGCAAGAGAUCAACAUCCCUCCUCCUGCUCAGCCCGUCUUCACCACCGACUCUCCCAGCAAGAACCAGGACUUCUACGCGAUGUACGACCAGGCCGCGCCGCCGACGCAGCAAUAUCGACUCCACGCCAUUCCCGCCUCUGUCCCCAUCCAGGACAAGGAGAACAUCUUCGCGCCCUCUUAUGCCGCGAUUCCUCCGACGCAGUUUGCCGACGCGUCUCACGCGCCACCGCUCGACUAUGGCUACAAGGCGCCCAUGAAGCGCGUCUUCGACGAGCAGCAACAGCUCAAGCCGGUCGUCAAGAAGCAGAAGGCUAACCCACCCAUGGCUCUCGAGGAGCCUCUAAAUCUGCCCAGUCCCGACGACAUGCCUGCCGUUGUCGACGACGAGCAGAAACCACCUCACAGCUAUGCCGAGUUGAUCGGCAUGGCGAUCCUCCGGGCGCCCAACCGCCGUCUGACCCUCGCUCAGAUCUAUAAGUGGAUCUCUGAUAACUUCAAGUUCUACAAGAGCUCGGAGGGCGGCUGGCAGAACAGCAUUCGCCACAACCUCAGCUUGAACAAGAACUUCAUCAAGCAGGAGCGUCCCAAGGACGAUCCCGGCAAGGGCAACUACUGGGCCAUCAAGCCUGGUGAAGAGCGCCCGUACCUCAUCGGCCGCAACAAGCCUGUCAUGCGCCGGAUCACCACCAAUCCGGACGGCUCACAGUACAUGCAAGGCCUGCCGAUGCCCGGGAGUUUUGCAGAUGUCCGGCCUGGCAGUGCCCCGGCGAUCGGUAACUUCACUCUCAUUCCCAGCUCGUCGAAGAAGGCCGAACCCACCACGGUCAUCAUCGACGCGGUCCGGACGCUCGACGACACAGACGUCCUAUCAGAUGGCACGAUCCCCGCUUCGGACCCUGCCCUGCAGGAGGACUCGAAGGACGACUCGGCUGCCAUGCCUCCUCCUACCUUCUUCCGCUCGUCGCCUCCUCCACAAGACAUUGGCUCGUCGCCUCCGAUGAUUCACGCUCGACGGAACACUCCUCCACCAGAGCUGCGUCUUCCAUCGAGUCGAUCCGGUGGCCGCAAGCGGAAAUUCGUAGGUAUGGCAGACAGUGGCUACUAUUCCUCCAUCGAGUCCUCUGCAGCGCGAGGCGCGUCCCGCAUCCUCGCUUCCGAGACGGACGUCCGCGGCCAUCGCAUCAAGAAAGGCCGCGCCGAGGCGGAGAUUGCUCGUAUGCGAAGCUCGUCCUUUGACAGCCCGAGCAAGGAGCGGCGCCCGUUGUCGAACUUCGGCUCCUCGCCGACCCGGAGGGACGACAACCCGCUCACUCCCGCUGUCAUAUUCAAGCGACCACAGAAGCCUCCGCCGUCUCUCUCGCCCAACACGAAUCUGCGAAACCACCGCGACCUGAUGAGGAACCUCCUAUCUCCCGUGAAGGCCUUCAGUCCCAUGCCUGAUAUCAGCAACUGGAGCCCCGCCUUCCAUCUCGACGGCCAUCUGAACUUCACGCCGGCCAUCUCGCCCAGCAAGACGAGCAAGUCCCUAUGGCGGGGCCUCGCCGAUUCACCCGGCAUCUUCAAGCCAUCAUCUUCGGCAUUCGACGUCUUCAUCGACAUGCCCGAGGAGGACCUCACCACGAGAGGAUCACCUGAGCGACGACACGCUCGCCGACCGUCGCUCGCUCGUGCUGCCACCAGCGCUGGCAUCCUCGCUGACAUCACCGGCACAUCGAAGGGUAACAACCUGAAGUUGCCCGCGAGCGACAGCCCCUUUUCUCUCUCGCCUUUCCUCAACAACAUGUCCGCAUUCCGAUCCCCAUCCAAGCUCGGCUCUCCUCUGAAGCAAGUCCAAAAGGCGUCGCCGGUCGAGGUCCCCAAAUUGAACUGGUCAAGCGGGGAGAACCUCCACCCCGUCCUAGCCCUGGACUCCACCGGUGUAUCAGACGUCGCCGAUCUCUUCGGCAUCGAGCUCCCCAGCGACGGCUCGGAGGAGGGCAUCGACAUUUUCCAGGACUUUGGCAAGAUCGGUCAAACCGCCGCGCUGGUGCCUGACCGCGCCAACGGGAGCCCCGUGAAGCGGACCAUGGGACCGCCGCCGCCCCGCCCGAACCUCGCUCGAAGCAACACGAGUCGCUGGUGA